GAUAAGAUAAGGGUCCGGAAAUGCUGCCUUCUUACUCGUCGGGAGUCGUGGUCGCUUUCCUCGAUUCUGCAUCAGAAUCCAUUCCGCGAUCCAGUGGUCAGGUUCAGUACGCCGACAUGCAAGGUCGACGCCUUUACCCUCCUCGACCCUCCUUGAUGAGCUGUCUUUAAAACUCUCAGACUGUCCCGUCUCUCUGCUCGUUCCCUUCUUCCUACAUCAUUGUCUGUGAACUUCUUGAGAUCCAAGCAAGAUUUACCCCUCUUGUCGUUCAACAUGGUUCUCGAACGUGUCAAGCAACUUGCACAGCAGGUGUCCAACACCCUGGCACCUCCCCAUCCGUUGGAUCCUCUCUCCACCACUGAGAUCGAAGCUGCUGUUUCCAUCUUACGCUCUCAGCAUGGGAAACUCUACUACAAUGCCGUCACCAUCCUAGAGCCUCCCAAGGCUCAGAUGUUGAAGUGGCUUGCCGAUCCUGACCAUACUCAGAAACCCAAUCGGAUAGCUGAUAUUGUGGUCAUCUCCACCGAUGGAAAGGUGUUCGAUGGUCAUGUCGACCUUACUCAGGGCAAGGUCAUCAAAUGGGAGGAGACGCCCAAUGUUCAGCCCCUUAUCACUAUGGAAGAUUUGCAAAUUGUCGAGCAUGUCGUUCGCAAGGACCCCGGUGUCAUCGAACAAUGCCGCCUGAGCGGCAUUCCAGCCAACGAGAUGGACAAAGUCUACUGUGAUCCUUGGACCAUUGGAUACGACGAGAGAUUCGGCAACGCCGUCAGGCUGCAACAAGCUCUGAUGUAUUAUCGUCCUCAUGUGGAUGAUUCCCAGUAUUCAUUCCCCCUGGACUUCUGUCCCAUCUACGACUCCAACAAGCAAAAAAUCAUUCACAUCGAUGUUCCCAAGGUCCGAAGACCUCUCAGCAGGGCACCCCCAAACAACUACCACGUCAAAUCCGUAGAAGAUGGUGGUGGAUUCCGGACUGACCUCAAGCCUAUCAACAUCACCCAGCCAGAAGGCGUCAGCUUCACCAUGAAGGGUCGAACGAUUGAAUGGCAAAACUGGUCCAUUCAUAUUGGCUUCAACUACCGCGAGGGCAUCGUUCUCAACAACAUCGGCUUCUUUGACAAGGCCGAAGGUGUGGUUCGACCAAUCUUUUACAGACUCUCGUUGACCGAAAUGGUCGUCCCUUAUGGCAACCCAGAACACCCCCACCAGCGCAAGCAUGCCUUCGAUUUGGGUGAAUAUGGCGGCGGAUACAUGACUAACUCUCUGAGCUUGGGUUGUGACUGCAAGGGAAGCAUCCACUACUUGGACUUCGACUUUGUCAACCGCGCCGGUGCCGCCAGCACCAUUAAGAACGCCGUGUGCAUCCACGAAGAAGACAAUGGCAUUCUGUUCAAGCACUCGGAUUUCCGUGACGACUCGGUCAUCGUCACUCGUGCCCGCAAACUCAUCAUCUCCCACAUCUUCACUGCCGCCAACUAUGAAUACUGUGUCUACUGGAUCUUCCACCAGGAUGGCACCAUCCAACUGGAGAUCAAGCUUACAGGUAUUUUGAACACCUACGCCAUGAAUCCCGGUGAGGACACCAAGGGCUGGGGUACCGAAGUCUACCCUGGAGUCAAUGCACACAACCACCAGCAUCUCUUCUGCCUGCGAGUCGAUCCCAGCGUCGAUGGUCAGAAGAAUACAGUCUUCCAGGUGGACGCCGCCCGGGGCGCUGGCGAGGUUGGCUCGCCCGAGAACCCAUAUGGCAACGCCUUUUACGCCAAAAAGACAAAGUACACAACGGCUGGUCAAGCCCGAGCAGGCUAUGACGGAAACACUUCACGAACCUGGGACAUCUCCAACGAAAGCAAACUGCACCCUUAUAGCAAGAGGCCAGCCACGUACAAGCUUGUCAGUCGAGAGGUGCCUGACUUGCUCCCCAAGGAGGGAUCCCUAGUGUGGAAGCGGGCUGGCUUCGCUCGCCAUGCCGUCCACGUCACCAAAUACUCCGACGACCAGAUUCAUCCUGCUGGCCGCCACGUGCCCCAGACCUCGGGCGAGCCUUCCCAGGGCUUGCCUUUGUGGAUCGACGCCAACCCCGCCGAGAACAUUGAGAAUGAAGACAUUGUGCUCUGGCACACCUUUGGCCUGACUCACUUCCCGGCCCCCGAGGAUUUCCCCGUCAUGCCUGCGGAGCCCAUGUCGUUGUUGCUGCGACCACGCAACUUCUUCUUGAGAAACCCUGCGCUUGAUGUGCCCCCCAGCUAUGCACGUACGCCUAGCCAGGUCGCUGCGGGCAAGACUGGCUGUUCCAGCUGUGUCGACAAGACGAGUGUCCAGGUUUGAGCCGAGCUUUAGAAUCGCAAUUGUAGUGGUUGUUGGAAUCGGGGGUACCGUGUGCAUACAACCAAAAUGUCUGAUCCCCAUGUACGAGGAUGUUAUUUUAUGUUAUCUAGCGACUUUUCUAUUACUUAUGACUAUUGCUGAAUGAUAUAUCACAUUUCAUUUCGA